UAAAAAACAAGUGCUGCUAUGCUACUGUACAGCUUUGUCACUACCUCAGAGUCUCAAUGUGGAUGUUUACCCAAUAAAUUUACAUUGACAUUUUAUGUGGUAUUUUAAAAGUUUUAAUUGACAUUUCACAGUUUGUAUGUAACUGUAUAUUUCAUAAUUUUUAUUUACUCAGUUCUCAUCUAUGAUGGUGGGUGAUCAGAUAAGUGUCAGAAACCAAGUAAAAAUGCUCAUAACUGGAAUAUGAAAUACAUCAUAUGAAAAUCCUGACAAAGUGGUGGCUAAAAAUAUAAGGACUACAAGAAUUUUCCACAAAGUUGUUACCUGUUGGCACAACAACAACAACAACAAAAAAUAAUAAAUGUGCUGGCAACAGCUUAAAGUCAAAGAAAUUUUAAGGAAAAGAAAUUUCACUCACCUGCAUAUUAAUUGAAUGUACAUUUUUCCUAUUGAUGUAUUUAUGUUCGUUUUCUGAUGGAUUUUUUUUUUUGUAAUUGGAAUGUGAGUUCCAUCCACACAGCCAAAGACGCCUUUGAAUCGUGCUAUUUUAUAGAAUUUCCUCUCUCUGCAGCUCUGCCUCAUCGUGAUCCGGAAAACUAAUCCACUGUGUCAUAAGACUGAGUAGAUAGAGUUCGUGUCACAGCACUUAUGGUCCUUGGUGUUGUUGGCUGGCUCACAUUUAACAAUUGCCAGCAAACAUCUUGAAAGCUGUGGAUUAAAACUCAAUGCUAAGCACGUACACUUGCAGCACUGUAGGUAGUGCGCCAACGCGGUUCGAAUUUACGAGUUGGUUUUCAAAACAUCUCUGUAGAUACCAAGCUCCUGCUACAGUCUGCAGCACACACUAUGGAGAAUACAGAAGCAGGAUAUGGCUGUCACUGACCAGCUAUCUGGUUGUUGGUGUUGGAACACUCACAGCAAUCUGGCUUUGGCGUUCUUGUCAAGAGCAGAUGACUUUUAAACGGAUGGGUGUUCCUGGUCCGACACCUAUUCCCAUUAUUGGAAACAUGUUGACCAUAUUAAGAAAGGGAAUGGUUCACGUCUUUCCUUUUUGGAACAAACAGUAUGGCAAAAUAUAUGGUGUUUUCAUGCCCUCACCAGUUCUAGUAAUUAACGACCUUGAUCUGAUCAAAGAUAUUGCAAUCAAACAGUUCCAGUCGUUUCCCAACAGAAAGGUAGAGUUAUUACUUCAGUUUUGUUGAGGAGAUUGCUUAAUUUUCUUUAUAUUGCAAAA